AUGUCGUCGGCGAACGCCCCACCUCUCUGCGAAUGCCCAAACCCCCUCAACGAUUACCUCGCCCAGAUUGGGACCUUUGUUGAGCGACUGGCAGCCGCGACGACCCCUCGACAGGUGCCGCUCCUUUGGGUCAUCAUGACCAUGUAUUUGUUCGCCUUGCUGUCAAGACGCGUCGACGCCUAUCUGGACUGGUGGGUUGACCUAUCUGCCCUAUUUACAUUGAACACCAUGAGGUUAGAUUCUAAUAAAAAUUCUAGGCUGUUUCCCCUUCCGCCCCGAGCCCGAGCCCGAGCCCGAGCCCGAGCCCGAGCCCGUGGCCAUUCCCGUGGCUAUGCCCGUGCCCCAAGCCCCAGGGCUGGCUAG